AUGGAGAAAGGAGAUGACACAACAACCACAGACACACCAUACUUCAGGAGUGGACCAAUGACAGUCACAGCAUCUCAUGAGAUUGAUGACGGUAUUCGAACGGCACACUCACAAAUUCAUAGAAAUAUCGAUAAGUGGAUACAGAAUGGAUCAAACUGGCACAUCAAUCAUAUCGUCGGAUUCUCCGUUGAUGUAGCAGCAUAUCAGCCAAUGAGAGGUAAAUCCUACAUUGAUUUACCGAACGAGCUCAAGAAAAAGAAGGCAAUCAUCAAUGUCAAGAAUAAGGAUGAUAAAUGUCUGAUGUGGGCACUGCUCUCAGCUCUGUAUCCAGCAAAGAAAAAUAGUGACAGGGUAACUCAGUAUACAGACUAUAGCAACAAACUUGAUCUGUUCGGAAUCGAUUUUCCAACACCACUGAGUCAAAUUUCCAAAGUCGAGAAGCAAAACAGCCUAGCUAUCAAUGUUUUUGGGUAUGAGGAUAACGUGAUCUAUCCACUACUGCUGACAAAGAAAAGAGGUGAGAAAGUGAUCAAUCUUCUACUAUACCAAAAAGAAGAUCAGAAUCACUACUGUUGGAUCAAAGAUUUCAGCAGAUUGUGCUACGAUCAGUCAAAGCAUAAAGUCAGGAAAUUCUUCUGUACAAGAUGUCUCCAACCACACAACACAGAGAAAUCCCUGAGCAAUCAUCAGGAGUAUUGUGAUAAUGUCACUGGAUUAUCAGCACACAUGGUACUACCAGAACCGGACGAAGAUGGGAAUCAACCAACACUGAAGUUCAUUAAUCAUCACAAAAUGCUACAAUGUCCCUAUGUAAUCUAUGCUGACACUGAGGCACUGAUCAAGAAAAUUGAUGGAGUGAAAAGCCAACAAACCAGCCGGGAUUCACAACAUGUUCCUUGUGGUUUUGGUUACGUCGUGGUGCGUUCUGACGGAGUGAUGACAAGUCAGUGUUUCUACCGGGGUGUUGAUGCCAUGGAUGUAUUCUUUGAUAAACUCAAAGAUGAGGAGAAGAAAAUCCAAUCAGCACUCAAUAAUCCAGCACCGAUGGAUCUCACUAAGGAACAAGAAGAAUUGUUCAGAGAGACAGAGGACUGUUGGAUUUGUAAAAAGAAACUUGGUGAUGACAGAGUCCGUGAUCACGACCACAUCACUGGUGAUUUCCGCGGUGCCGCACACAACGACUGUAACAUCAAACUCAGAAUUUAUCCAUACAAGCAGCACAUCCCUGUGGUUUUUCACAACCUGAAAGGCUAUGACAGUCAUCAUCUCAUCGGAGCAAUCGGAAAGACAGAUGUUGAGACCGUCACAUACACGGAUAAGGAUGGUGUGUGUAAGAGUAAAACUGUGGGUGAGAUAUCAGUCAUUCCCAACAACAUGGAGAAAUUCAUCUCAUUCACAUGGAGACAGUUCCGGUUCAUCGACAGCUGCCAGUUUCUCAAUGCGUCACUCGAUAGACUGGUGAAAACGACACCAGAUGAGUCAUUCACUUUCACCAAGACGUUGCCAAACCAUCAGCUGUUGAUGAGGAAAGGAGUAUACCCCUAUGAGUACAUGAACAGCUUCUCCAGGUUCGAUGAGACUCAGCUACCAGCACAGAGUAAGUUCUAUUCUUCUCUGUCUGAUGAGGGGGUGAGUGACGAUGACUACAAACAUGCUGAGACAAUGUGGAUGAAAUUCGACUGUCAGACUCUUGGUGAUUAUCACGACUUGUAUCUCAAGACCGACGUGUUUCUCUUGGCUGACAUCUUUGAGAAUUUCAGAGUAGAAGCUGUCAGAACAUAUCAGCUGGAUCCAGCAAAUUACUACACUCUGCCUGGAUUUGCCUGGGAUGCUCUGUUGAUGUACUCAGGUGUGUCCUUGGAAUUACUAACAGACUAUGAUCAGCACUUGUUUGUAGAAUCAGGAAUGAGAGGCGGUGUGUCGAUGGUCUCACAACGAUAUGCUGCUGCUAAUAAUCACUAUCAGGAGAAAUUUGAUGCUGAUCAGCCAUCGUCAUUUAUCCAGUAUCUCGAUGCCAACAAUCUCUAUGGUUGGGCAAUGUCACAGCAUCUCCCAGUGUCUGAUUUUCAGUGGGAGAAACCAUCAGAGAAACUCCUGAACAAGAUACUGAAUACUCGAGUGUGA